AGGAUUUGUUAGGUCGUGUUGUAUUCAAAACUUGUACUAGUACCUUGAGCGUAAAUUAUUUCGUAGUAAACUAGUUUAGAAUAAAAAAGUGGUUGAUUAUCUUUGUGACCUUCAUUUUAAUUAUUAAUUUCUCAUAAACUACGACUAUUUUUGAAAAGUAUCAUAUAAGUUGAUCAAAUAGUAACGAACUUGUGUAACAUAAUAAUUUAAACUUCAUCAAUUAUUAGAUAUUUUUAAUCAAAACUCAAUUGAAUUGUAUUCAACUCUACAAAAUGGAGAUUGAAAUUUUAUCAACAAGUGGCAAAAAUAUUGGCAAAGUAAAAAUCACAGAUGCCUCUCAAAUUAGCGAUAUUAAGAAAAGUGUCAGUAAAAUAAAACCAGCAUUGUAUCCAGAGAGACAGUCAAUUAAGCUUGAAAUUAAAGGCAAAAGUUUAAAAGAUAGCGAUAACGCUAAAGAUUUAGGGUUAAAAAAUGGUUCAAAACUUUAUAUUAAAGAUUUGGGUCCCCAAAUUGGUUGGUCCACUGUGUUUAUGGCAGAAUACGCUGGGCCUUUAUUUGUAUACUUAAUAUUUUAUGCACGACCAAAUCUAAUCUAUGGUAUUACUUCUAGUCAACCAAUUUCACAAGUUGUUGAAGUUGCAGCAUAUUGUUGGUCAUUUCAUUAUGCAAAACGUAUAUUUGAAACAAUAUUUGUUCAUCGUUUUUCACAUGCUACUAUGCCUAUUAUGAAUCUUUUUAAAAAUUGUACAUACUAUUGGGGAUUCACUGCAUUUGUUGCAUAUUUUGUGAAUCAUCCACUAUAUACUUCUCCAUCAACUGUCCAAUUUUAUAUUGGUCUUGCAACUUUUAUAUUCUGUGAACUUGGAAAUUUGAGCAUUCAUAUUGCUUUGAGAAAUCUUCGUCCUCCUGGUACUAAAGUUAGGCGGAUUCCAGUAGCAACUAUAAAUCCUUUUACUUAUUUGUUUAACUUUGUUUCUUGUCCUAAUUAUUCUUAUGAAGUUGGUAGCUGGAUUGGAUUUACAUUAAUGACAUCUUCAUUACCAGCUGGAUUGUUUACAUUAGCUGGACUCUAUCAAAUGGCUGUGUGGGCUCUUGGAAAACAUAAGAACUACAAAAAAGAAUUUUCUGAUUACCCAAAGAAUAGAAAAGCAAUAAUUCCAUUUUUACUUUAAAUUAUACAUAAUUAAAAAAAUAAUAAUACAUGUUAAUUUUAUAUUUAAUUUGUUUCUUAAUUUGAUGGUGUUUUUUUUUAACUUCUAGGCUUAGUUUAUAAUUUUAAUAAUUAAAUUAUAGUAACUACGUGCGAAAUAUUGUUAAUAAGUAUGAGGGCCAUAUGAUUAUAAAUAAACAUAAGUUUUUAAAAUUAUUUA